UCAAAUCAGCUCUCCUGACCUCCACAGAUAAGGAUCAUGUUGCUUAAAGAACUUGCAUUUUAAAAUACAAGCUUGAAAAAACGGUAUAUUUCUUAACCAGAGCUCUGCUAGAGUUCUGCUUUAAGAGACUCUUAGUAAAGCUAGAUUUAUCUAGUAUCAAAAGCUUUUUAUUUUUUCCCCUCCUGAGAAAUUUUUUUUUGGGUGCUUAUUGGAUUUUUGACCCAUCCUAUUUUAACUCCUUAUGAAUCUCAACCUUUUGGAUAACUUUGCCAGACACAACUUCCUUCCCAGACUGACCUGGCCUGGACACCCACCAUGCACAACUGCACCGCCGAAAUUCCUCACGCUGCUGAGAUGCGUAACGAGACUUGGUCCAGCCAGGCACCGAGCUCCGAGUUCUCCCUGGGUGUGUUGGCACUGCUGGCUUUCCUCAUGGUGUUGCUGUGUCUGGUGACCGUCCUUGGAAACAUGCUGGUGAUCCUUGCUUUCAUUAUGGACAGGAACCUGAGGCAUCGGAGUAACUAUUUCUUUCUGAAUCUUGCUGUUUCUGACUUUGCAGUGGGUGUGUUCUGCAUGCCGUUGUACAUCCCUUACGCCCUGACAGGAACAUGGCACUUGGGAAGGAGCCUGUGCAAGCUCUGGCUGGUCAUGGACUAUCUCAUGUGCACAGCUUCAGUGUUUAACAUCGUCCUUAUCAGCUACGAUCGUUUCCUGUCAGUUACAAAAGCUGUAUCUUACAGAGCCCAGCAGGGAAUAAUGUCCAGCUCUGCCAUCAAGAUGGUGGCCAUCUGGGUCUUAGCAUUCCUCCUGUACGGCCCAGCCAUCCUGUUUUGGGAGCAUGUGGCUGGACACAGCGUGGUGCCUGUGGAUCAGUGCUACGCCGAGUUCUUCCACAACUGGUACUUCCUGCUGUGUGCAUCCACCCUGGAGUUCUUUGUGCCCCUGCUCCUGGUGACCUACUUCAAUGUGCACAUCUUCCACAACAUCCAGCGGCGCCAGCGGCGCGGCAGCGUGCAGGACUGUGAGCAUCCCAGGAGGAGCAGCCUGUCCUGGAGGUUCUGUGGCUUGCCAAGGCCAGGGGCAUCAUCUCCUUCAUCAGAAGCAGAGGACAGUGUUUCAUCACUAACGAGGUCGUGGAGACCAGCAAUGGUACCCAAUGGUCCAUCUCGAACAGAAACCAGUUCUACAGCUCUCAAAAGGAACUUUUCUGCUUCUUUCUGUUCAAGUUCUGGAUCAAAACUGCAGCGGGACAAGAAAAUAGCAACGUCUCUUGCCAUAAUUGUCUGUGUGUUUACCAUUUGCUGGGCCCCAUACUCUUUAUUAAUGAUUAUCCAUGGGUUCUGCCAAGGAAAGUGCAUCCAUAAGUCCCUCUAUGAAGCAACGUUUUGGCUUUUGUGGAUCAAUUCCUCUUUGAACCCAUUUCUUUACCCUCUCUGCCAUAUGAGGUUUCGAAUGGCUUUUCUGAAAAUAUUAUGUCCCAAAAAGUUUGCAGCAUUGAGAUCUGGUAACACGCCUUCUAUUUAGCGAGGUUUUAAUGUAGCUCAUACCUGGCAUUGCAGGACAAAGUACAUGUAAGUUAGCAAUUCUGAAUGAUUUUUAGAGAAUGAAAUUUUCCAUGCUAUGAGAAUUUUGAGACUGGUUAUCAAAAGUGUCAGACACAAAUGGUUGUUAUUUUUUUCACCUAUACUGUUUUUUCACCUGACAUUGGCUGCUCCUUUGGUCAUGCUUAAAUGAUAUUUAGUGCCAGAUUUGUGCACUAUGUGAUUGCCUAAAAGAUAGGCCAGGCUUGGGCACAUGAUCACAUUCCUGUUGAAUUAGCAGAGCAAGCAAUGCUAAGUUCAUACUGGAUUUUUGAUUUUGGCUGGCUGUGCAAGAAUAGACAAUAGCCUCUCCGGUGUAAAGCUUUGCAAGUGCAAAGAUAUUCCAUCAAAAUGUCUGGAACAAAUUUGAUCUGACAGAGUGAUUUUUUAUACUAGAUCAGUGCUUUAUGUCCUGUUACUGUGACAUUAUAUGGAUUUUCUCUGCCACAGAACAAAUAUCAAACUUGAUUUUUUCAAUUAGGGAGCAAGGGCCGUAUUCACUGCUUGAGAAUGAGAUUUACAGAGGUCUGGAAGCUGAUACAGAGAUGUUUUAAGCAGCUCUUAACAAACAAAGCAGUUGAAUGUCCAGUGCUGAAAGGAGUGAGUAAAUGUCUUGGAGGAAGCAAUGGAGCUUGAUUACACCCCAUUCCAUGUGCCAAACUUUCUUACCAUGUGUUGAGUGUUGCAACUCACCCAGAAAGCUUUCAUGGAUGGGUAAGUGAGAGUCACUGGCUGCAUUUUUUUCUCUCCUUUUGUGUAAUUUUAUUCCUCUUUGUUUAUGUAUGAAAUAUUGAAAGAGAAAUCUGAUGCACAGAACAGUGAAGAGCAGUAGUCAAUUUAAAUGGUUUUUAAUCUAAUUUGAAAUUUGCUGUAGAAGUGUUGCCAUAACAGAGUCCUCCUUUGCAAACACAAUUCAAAUGCAUGGAAGCAGCUUAAUGAUAGCACAAAAGUUGAUGGCUUUGAAGAGCUGGAAUGUCUUUUUGUUCAGAGGUCUGGAACUGAAGGCUUCUCUUGCCAGUGUUCACGCUGCUGGAAGAUUAUCUUUCACCAUUCAUUCUCGCUAUGCUUCCUUGCCUCACAUGGAUAGUGUUAUGUAUUGUGAGCCUAAUGGCUCGGAGAGGUGCAGCUUCAGGAGGAGGUCAUUGAUUCAGCACAGCUGUUUUUUUACUGUCAUGAGCUGUGGUGCAGGCAUAGAUUUUGUGGGGUUUGCUUUUCUGUGAUGCUUAAAAAAAUCUAAACACACACAUAGAGUUAAAACAUUUAUAGAAGAGCUCAUGUACUAAACAUCUGUUAAAUAGAGAAACUGAAGAUGAGCCCAAGACAAAAAUGUGUUUGUGUUGUCUGCAUUCUAUCCCUAUGCUUUUAGUAUAAAAAUUCAGUUUGCAUUUUGUGCUAAAAGAAUGUAUUGUUCAUUUUGGAAAAAUAACCUACAAAAUUAUUACCUAGAUAAACUAGAUAAUCCACGUUUUUUCCAGCAGUGCUGGAAAGCUAGUUAGUCAGGGAAUUUGCCAGGCAGCACAAUCUGCAGCGAAUUUGAAACAACAUAGCAUGGUGAAGCUACUAGAGAUCAGUGUUUUUUAGAGUCUGUUUUACACACACACUUUUCAAACUGUUUUCUCAUGUCACUCCUGUGUAUUAGAUGCAUUUGUUGUAUUUUUCUAAUUGUUGAAAAUUUUGCUAAGUUCUCCCAGGGUAAGUCAAGCACUGGGUUGCUGUGCCCACCACUUUAGGUCAGUGGCAUCAUAAAUAUUCUCCCUUGUAAAUUACAAAUGAGACAUUUUUCAAGGUUGUGGCAUGAUACUUAUUCAGCAUUUGUUCUUAUGCCCCCAUUCAAGUGGAGGUUUCUUGACAAAUGGUUUUCUAACCCAGAUCUUUCUAACCAGUCACUCAUCCAUUUCACUAUUUCAUGUCCUUAAAUUUUCUUCUGUCUUUGCAGAUGUUCAGUAGGCCUUCUAAAUACAUGGUGACAGUAGCUAUAUGGGCUUCAACGUUGUGGGCUUCAACUCAAACCACACCAGUUUUUUUCUCAUAU